AGGUCCGGUCCAAUAACAGAUACAGGCUACUCGUCUCGUCGUCGCCCCCUUUGCUCCGCCGCCGCCGCCGAGCGGAGGCCGUCCCAUCGGAUCCCAUCAUGGCGCUCCGCCGCGCCAUCGGGUCCCUCGCCGUUCGCUCCCAAGCCUACUACCCGCUCCUCUGCCGUACCGCCCCGUCGCCUCCUACCCCCUCCGCGCCCCCGCCGUCCUUCCGCCGCCCGCUCGCCGCCCUCUCCCCCUGCCGACCCUUCGCCGCUCCGCCUCAACAUGUCAAGAAAAACACCAAGGACGAAGACGACGAUGCCGCCGGUCCCAGGAUCAACAACGACAUCACCGCCCCCUUCCUCAGGCUCGUCACCGACCAAGGCCAUGAUGUUGUCCCCAGGCAUGAAGCUCUUCAGCUAGCCGCCAGGAUGGGCAUGGACUUGGUUGAGGUCCAUAGGAAAUCAGACCCUCCUGUCUGCAAAAUCAUGGACUUCCACAAAGAGAGGUAUAACAAAGAUGUCAAAGAGAAAGAACGCUUGAAAACUAAGUCUGCUAUUGUCUUGCGUGGUGGAGAGAAUAAAGAAGUGCGAUUUAAGGGCAAAACAGAAAUAAAAGACUUGAAGGUGAAAGCAGAUGCAAUUACCAGACUAAUGGAGCGUGGUUACAGGGUGAAGUGCAUGGCGAUGCCCGCAGGUAACGAAGAAGAAGAUUUAGGCGGACCUCUAUCUCGGUUAUUAGGACUUAUACAAGAUGUCUGCAUUGUGGAAAGUGGGCCACAUUUGGACUCCAAGCAUGCAUAUGUUAUUGUCAGGCAUGUGAAGUUUGCAACAAAGAAAGGUGGAAAGAAAGCUAGCAAGGCCAUGGAAGAUGCAGGCAAAGGCACCCCCCGCAACACUGCCACUGAAUCAGCAGCAGCUGCUACUGAUAGUGGGGACGAGACAAGUGAACAUGGUUUGGAAAUUGAUGGUGUGAACAGCACAGCCGCCUAUCUCUCCCGUGACUCUUCCACACAAAAAGAAGGGCGGGAUAGAGGCUUAAGAAGGGAGUUGAAAUCAAACCCAGGCAACAACCGUGAGAAUGCACAGAACAUGAUGAAUACUGUAGGAAGCAGAAUUAACCCUGGUCAGGGGGGACCACACUCACCUGAACGUGGACUUGGUUCCAGGAGUGGAAAUCCUCACACGGAAAAGCAAGACAAGACUACUCAAGAUAUGGCACCUGGGGAAACCAACAGGUAUGCCAGUCGAAGACAGCAGAUUGGAGGAGACAACCAAGGUAGAUCCCCACAAGACCCGAGAAGAGACGGAAAUGAAGACCGCUAUCGGUUUAAUGACAACCAAAGGCCUUUGGAACAGCCUAACCGGCCAUUGCCAAGGUUCAGCCAAGGUAGAUUACCACAAGAACCAAGAAGAAAUGAAACAGGAAGUCAUAUUCCGUUGAAUAACAAUCAACGGCAAUUCCAACAAUCGAACCCGACUACUGAAUCCGUAGGCAGUGAUGUACGGAAUCCUACUUCAACAGCCAGGAGUUUGGGUGUCUUCAGUAGUCGAAAACCUGCCACGUCUGAGUUGAAGAAGACAGAUAGUGUAUCUGAUAGUAAGCAUGCUAAUACCGGUUCGACUAAAAGCUUUGGGAUUUUUAGUUCUCCUAGAAGGGAAUCUGGUGAUAAAAGGUCAUGAAAGGAGACUGGAGAAACGAACCUAGAAACAGAAAGUUUUUUAUAUGGCAAAGUUUGCAAGGUAUUUGGGAUUCUACUUGUGAGGCUAUCUGAAAGUUUGGUGGCAUCUAUUGAGAAUGUUUCUGAUGUUCCAUCUGGUGGUGUAUUACUUGUUGGGAACUCUUGUUCACCAGUUGUAUUGUUAGUAUCUGUUUAUUUGGGAGAAUAAGAGCGCCUGUUUAGACAAGAGCCAUUUUUUGCCUGUUAGUUGAAAUACCUGUCCUUGUAUAAGCGGGACUAGCUCUCGGACCAAUCAAGGAUAUUAAUCGAGUCUGACUGGCAUUAGACUGUUUAACUGUUAAUGUCUGAAAUGAUGAGAUGUCUGUUUUGCAUAUA